GCGGGAGCGGGGCCGGGGCAGGCCGGGCGGUGGCUGGGGGCGGGGACUGCGCGCCGCCCGGUUGGCAGCCCUCAAGGCGGACCCUGCAGAGCCGCGUUCCCGCGCGCGGUGCCGCCGGGCUCGGGCUGUGCAGGCGGCAGGGGUUUGGCGCGCCCAGCGCGCACCGGCCGCCGAAGGAAGCGCUUUGGCCGCGGGACCAGGCGCUAGGCUCCUGGCCCGGCCCGGGGGCGCGGCUCGCCCAUGUGCAGCGCCGAGAACCGCAGCGAAGGCUCGGAGGGCGCGGGGGAGCCGCCGUGGGCCGAGCUGCUGCCUUGCGACGAGCGCCGUUGCUCGCCCUUCCCCCUGGGGGCGCUGGUGCCAGUGACCGCCGUGUGCCUGGGCCUGUUCGCCGUCGGGGUGAGCGGCAACGUGAUGACGGUGCUGCUGAUCGGGCGCUACCGGGACAUGCGGACCACCACCAACUUGUACCUGGGCAGCAUGGCCGUGUCCGACCUGCUCAGCAUGGCCGUGUCCGACCUGCUCAUCCUGCUCGGGCUCCCCUUCGACCUGUACCGCCUCUGGCGCUCCCGGCCCUGGGUGUUCGGGACGCUGCUCUGCCGCCUCCCGCUCUACGUGGGCGAGGGCUGCACCUACGCCACGCUGCUGCACAUGACGGCGCUCAGCCUCGAGCGCUACCUCGCCAUCUGUCGCCCGCUCUGGGCCCGCGUCCUCGUCACCAGCCGCCGGCUCUGGGCCGUGGCGCUGCUCUCCGCCGGGCCCUUCUUCUUUCUGGUGGGCGUCGAGCAGGACCCCGGCCGCUACGCGGUCCAGGACCUUAACGGCACCGCGCAGCUCGCCCCCUCGCCCCGCGCCUCGCCGCCACCGCCACUCCUCGGGUCCUCGCGGGCGCCACCGCUGUCCCCGCCGUCGGGGCCCGAGGCGGCGGCGGCCGCGGCGCGGUUCAGCCGGGAGUGCCGGCCGAGCCCGGCGCAGCGGGGCGCGCUGCGCGUCAUGCUGUGGGUCACCACCGACUACUUCUUCCUGCCCUUCCUGUGCCUCAGUGUCCUCUACGGGCUCAUCGGGCGGGAGCUGUGGAGGAGCCGCGGGCCGCUGCGAGGCCCGGCCACCUCCACUCGGGAGAAGGGACACCAGCAGACGGUCCGCGUCCCGCUGGUGGUGGUUCUGGCGUUUAUAGUUUGCUGGCUGCCUUUCCACGUUGGCAGAAUCAUUUACAUAAAUACCAAAGAUUCCCGGAUGAUGUACUUCUCUCAGUACUUUAACAUUGUUGCCCUGCAACUUUUCUAUUUGAGCGCCCCCAUCCUCUACAACCUCAUUUCAAAGAAGUAUAGAGCAGCGGCCUGGAAACUGCUGCUAGCCAGGCGGUCCAGACAGAGAGGUUUCUGCAGAAGCAGGGAGGCUGAAGGGGACCCUGGAGGAGACAGGGUUGGCUGCACUGAGACCAGUGCUAACGUACAGACACGGGCAACCAGCACGGCCAAACACAGCGCCUCAUCCCAUAGCUCUGGGACCUAA